AUGAUACAAAGGUGUGGGUAUAUAUACUACAGAUCAAAUAUACUCCUAUUUAGGACUAAUUGGCACAGAUUAAGAAACUUCCACAGAUGUCGAAUAGUUUCUAAUAAGACAGGUUUAAAAGAUUUAUCAAUAAAUAGUAUUUUCAUACAAAACCAUCAAGAGGACUUAUAUGCAAACACAGCAGAGAUUAACUUCACUCCAAAUAUUAUAUGUGCCAAAAAGAUAAAUCGUUCCAAAUCCACCACUGCGAAUACAGACGAUUCAUCCCAGCAUAAUAGUAAACAUAAUUUAGAAGAAUUUGCCCUAUCGUUGCGUUGUACUGAUUCCUCAAAUAAAGAAACUCAAUUAAAUUCUAUCAAAACCACCGAGACAAUAUCCAACAAGACUACCACUAAUACUACUAAUUAUGAUUCAAUCCAUACUACAGAUUUACCAUUUGAUAUUAAAUUUGUUGAUAAAACAACUUGUACAAGACAAUCCAUAACUGAUAAAUAUAAGGAAAUUCAAUUAUUAAAGAAGGGUCCUAUAACUUUUCCGAUGUUAAAAAAAUAUUAUAUUACUCCAUACAUACAGUUAAGUAAACCAAGAUUAACUAUCUUAGUCAUGUUAAGUGCUAUUUGUUCUUAUGCAUUGUCACCUAAUGCUGCUUCAAUAUUACAACUACUAAGUUUAACAGUUGGUACAACAUUAUGUUCCAGUUCAGCUAACGCAAUCAAUAUGGGGAGGGAGCUUGAAUUUGAUAGGCAAAUGAUAAGAACUCAGGCGAGACCUGUGGUAAGAGGAUUAAUCUCACAAAGGGAAGCUUAUUUAUUUGCUACUGUUAUGGGAGUUCUCGGUGUGAGUUCCUUAUAUUAUGGAGUUAAUUCAACCGUAGCAUUACUUGGUGGUCUGAAUAUCCCAUUAUAUUCUUGGAUAUAUACUUCAUUAAAAAGAAAAUAUAUCAUCAAUACUUGGGUUGGAGCUAUUGUAGGUGCCAUUCCACCAUUAAUGGGCUGGUGUGCGGCAAGUUCACUGACCGACCCUGCGGCAUGGAUCCUGGCUGGUUUAUUAUAUGCGUGGCAAUUCCCACAUUUUAAUGCUUUGUCACAUAGUAUUAGAAACCAAUAUAAAAACGCUGGCUAUGUCAUGACUGCAUGGAAGAACCCCAAAUUGAAUGCUAGAGUAUGUUUAAGAUAUUCACUUUUGAUGUUUCCAUUAUGUUUUGCAUUGGUCUAUUAUGAUAUUACUGACCCAUACUAUGCGAUUGAUUCCUCGUUAGCUAAUCUAUGGUUAACCUACUGGUCUUUUAAAUUUUACUGGCAACAAAGAUAUAAUUAUUCAAAAGGGAUUUUGAAAGAUAAAAUAAAAUUUAAUGAAGGGAUGAAUUUAGCUAAUCUUUAUGCUAGAAAAACAAUGCUAGCUAGUGUCUUGCAAUUACCUGCAGUAUUUAUUUUGGCAAUUCUUCAUAAGAAAGGAAGAUGGGAUUGGAUAUUUAAUAAAAAUCAGCUGGCACUGAAACCGUAA